GAGAGACACACACAGAGAGAGAGACAGAGAGGGAGUGAGAGUACGAGUGAGAGAGAGAGAGAGAGAGAAAGAGAGAGAGAGGAGGCUGACAAAUGGACUCUUUGCAAACACAACACUGCCUAAGAAAAUGACCAAGACUAUAUGAAACGAAGUGGCUGAAGCACGUUUAACCGAUGCGCGUGCCCAUACGAGCACCAGCGGCAAAGGGCACGCAGAUCCAGCGGCGCUUCCAAGCAUUUGUGGUACAAUUAUUGUUAUAAUGCUUGUUGAAAUGCAGAUUCGCGCAGGGAUCGAAAAAGAGAAAGCGAGAAUGUGGGGCGAGGAAGCCGCGCCGUAGUAAUAGUAGCACUGGAUGUGUCCCACCAGCAAAGCAACUUUCUGUCUAAACGCAAGUGUGGGUGCAAGAGGGGGUGGAAUGUGUGCAGCAGACAGAGGUCAACGACCAAAUGCGUUCCACAUGAAAUUAAUGAAGAAGUGUGCGACGUUGGUAUGGAAAUGACACGUGUGGAAUUUAAUCUCUCAUAGCUUGUUAUACUUUAAGAUUGUAAAAAUUAAGCAGUUCCCCUACAUUUUGUCAUUUAGAGAACAAGAGCCCAGUGUAGCGUUUGAAAGUCUUUAAUCUUCAAGACUGGAGGCAAAAGAAGAACACCUCCUAAAUUUGGAGAAAAUGGGCCACACAUUUUGCGGAUCAUGAAAACGCGGAACAAUAAAGGAUCGAUGUCAGUGCGCAGCAGUCGAAAGAAGGAAGUCUCCUCUUUAUCAGAAGAAUUGAAAGGCACGCGAAAUCAUACUUCAUCCGCAGGGGGCAGUACUGGCAGUGGAAACAGAAAUGUAGGCUGUGAAACUAAACAUGAAGUUAUCACGAAGGAGACAAGUGAAGGGGUGGGGAGGGACCGUGCCAGUGGACGUUCACGAGCACGAGACUCCUCAGAAAGUGAUGGAGAUGGUGCAGGGAGACAUGCUAAAAAGCAGAGGCUGCAGGACAGCACUUCCACUCCUGCUGCAUCAAGCUCCGUCCCAACAUUGGAAGUGAGUCUAGUCAAAGAAAAUGCUAGCCGAAGUCAUGCAAGAAGGGGUAACAUCUUGAAUCAGAGGAGGAUAGGAGAUGACAGUGAUAAUGAAGACAACCAGUCAAAUGCAAGCGUCAGCAGUGUGGAAAGUAGUAGAAGCAGUAGCAGUGGCCGUGAUAUUGAUCAGGACAAUCUCAGUUCUUCUCCCAGUCUUUCAGCCUCCCCCAUGGGUAGCCUUGAUUCUGAUUCUGAUUCAAACUCUAUUGCUGCUGAGAAAACAGUUUGCUCUACAAGCAAGACUGAGGCUGCAGACACAAGCAGAAGCUACUUGCUUCCAUCCACAACCCUAGCUACCACCAUGAGUAUGCCCCAGCCAUGUCUAUCUACUCAGCUGACAAAAAGCCAGCCAUCUUCUGCCAAAAAUGAUACUCAUAACUUUUCAUCUUCUACAGUGUUUCUUCAGUCUGCCUCAAUGGCAUCACAAACUAAUUUACCCCCACCACCAGCACUUAAACCUCUUUCUGUUGGCUCUACUCAGGCUGUUCACCAGCCAGGUUUGGAAAAAACGGACAAAUCAAGUCCACCAAAUGUUCCAAUUAGUAGAGCUGAUCCACAACAGCAACAGUGUGCUGUUGCUGCUCCUCCUCCACCUCCUUCUCAUCCACCACCACCACCACCACCAUCACAACCACCUCAUGGAACAAAUUCAUCUGUUAUGGUAACCCAUGGUAAAUAUUCCUUGCCUAAUCCUGGUGUUUGGGGAGCAUCUCCAAAUCUGAGUUUACCAAGCUCAGGAGCUACCCAGCAGUCUUGGGGAUCACAGCCAAUUUCCACAACUUCCAGUUCCAGCUACACCAGAUAUGGACAGCACCUUCAGUAUCAGAAGCAAGGAGCACACACAACAUAUGGUCAACAACAUUCCCAUCAUCUUCCACUUGGUAGUCCCCAGCAGAACCGUGACUAUUCUCAGUCUCACGUGGGACAAGGUACAGCCAGAGAUUUUUUGAAUAUAAACUCUCAGAAUCGAGAUUCUUAUAAUUCUGGUGUACCAUUUCAGAGUUUUCCAUCAUCUGGACAAAAUAAUCCACCAUCGACUCAUGGUAGCAGAGAGUUUACAAACUCCUCUUCUCAGAGCAGGGAGUUUACGUUGGGAACUGCCCAGAUCCCGAACAGGACAUGUUCAGAAACAAAAAUUGGGCAGUCUCAGGACAGAGAUUUCUCCAAUAUUCAGCCAAAACAGCCACGAGACUAUCCCUCUACAAAUAGCCAGGUACAAAAUUAUACAAGUUUACCUUCUCAAGGUAGAGAAUUUUCAAACUCUACUCCUCAGUUGCAAUCCAGGGAUAUUUCUAACCCUAAUUUGCAAGCUCAGCAGUCAAGAGAAGCAAGUAAUAGCAAUCAACAAUCCAGGGACUAUGUUGGUCUUUCUCAAGCAAGUAGAGACUUUGUGAAUUCAGCACCCCAGAAUAGAGAAUAUUCAAACUCUAAAUGUCCGCCACAUCCUCGGGAGUUCACAAGCCUUAAUGUUUCAAGUCAGUCAUCCAGAGAAUUCAACAAUUCCAAUCCACAGCCUCAGAGCAGAGACUUCUCUAAUUUGGGCUUUCACCAACCGGCAGCUAAUGACUAUACUACCCUAAAUCCACCAGGAAGAGAGUUUCAGAAUUCCAGUACUCAAAUCCAAAACAGGGAUUUAUAUAAUACCAGUACACCAGUUAGGGAUUAUUCCAGUUCUAACUCUCAAACACAUCCUUCAGCCUCCCAGGGAUCUCAGACUAGCCAAAGCCCUUUAUCUAGCAAUUUUUCAAGCUCUCUGUCAGGCUCAUCCAUAUCUCCUUCUAUCCACCCUAAUUCCUCUGCUUCUCUUACUCCCAUUGGUCAGUACCGUCCAAGUUCUGCCCAAAACCCAAGUUCCCAGCAAAUACCUUCUAGUCAAGGAGCUACAGAUAGAGAGCUAUAUGGAGGGGGAAAUUACCAGGGAUUGAGCCAAAUACAAACGUCUCCCCCACCCAGUUCUUGUACAUCACUUAUCAAUAAUCAAAAUCCCAAUACUUCUAUCUCAUCUACUCCCCAGACACCUUACCCCUACCAUUACCAAUCAAAUUCCACUUCUCCUAUUUCUGCAGCAUCUACUUCACACAACCCCUUACCUGCUCCCACUGGCUGUCCACCAUCUGCUACCAACAUUUCUAAUAAUUCUCCUAAUGCAACCAGUAACAACAGCACCUCACAAACCACUAUUACUCCCACUCCAGUAUCAGCACUAGGUUUUAGAUCACCUUCAUUCACAGCUAACACAACACCCACUGUUUUGCAUUCACCGUCCCUAAACAAUUCUUCUUAUUCUGCCAGCAUGAAUAGCAGUUCUGUGUGCAGCAGUAUUAGCAACACUACUUGUCCUGCUUCUUCCUCAACUCAAAUUCCUUCUGUUUUAAACACUAGUCUAAAUUCAUCUCCCAGCAAUAUUUCUGGCAAGCCACCACCUUCUUUGAGCAGUACUACUAAUUCUGUCUUGAACACUGUCCACCGGCCAUCAAGCCCUGCUUCCCCAGGCACAAGUCCCGCUCAGUCCUAUAAAACAUCUAGCCCAAUCCAUCCACCUGUUUCUGGACCUACACCUCAGUCAGCGGAUUCAUCUUCAAUCCUUCAGGCUCCAACACUUAUCAAGGAAGAGCCAAAUGAAGAAGAAGUAGAAAGUCCACCGCCUAUUCCAAGAAGUCCAUCUCCAGAUCCUAAGGUGGUAGAUAUUCCAGUUCAUGCCAGUCAGUCAGCAAGAUUUCACAAGGCCCUUGAUCGUGGCUACAACUCCUGCUCACGUUGUGAUCUCUACUUUGUGCCUCUUGAUGGUUCUAAGCUGUGGAAAAAGCGUAGCGAAUUAGCUGAAAAGGCAAGACGAGAAACAGAGCAGAGAGCACGUGAUGAGAGGGAGAGAGAACGUGAGAGAGAGCGGGAAAGGGAGAGAGAGCGUGAGAGAGAAGCUGACAGAGUGAUGCAGAAGGAGAAUCGUCCAUCUUCUAGACUAUUGCCAUUCUCUGGUUCCUUGCCUCAAGCCCUUCCCCCUGGACAGCAAGCUUCUGGCUUAAGUGCGACAUCCCUGAAUAUGUUAGUUGAGCAUCCUACCAACUCAAAUUCAGCUAUGAUUGCUAAUCCAGCCUCUUCACUAACACAGACUUUACUUUUGGGGCCUCCUCAUCACCACCCCUCUAUACAUCGACCACCUCAGAUUGAGCAAAUUCUACCAACAUCUCAAGGCUCUGUAGCCACAGUUCCACCAUAUCUUGGACCUGACACGCCAGCCCUGCGUACUCUGAGUGAAUAUGCCCGUCCUCAUGUGAUGUCACCUCACAAUCGUACUCAUCCAUUCUUUGUUCCACAGUUCCCUAAUACGAGUCUUGGGCCUCAUCCAGAUGCUACUGCAGCUGCUAUUCUUGGCUUCAUUUAUGGAGGCUUAGAAGGUGGGCUACCUCCAGCUCACCCCUCUGCACGGGAGAGAAUGAAACCUGGUUUUGAGUUCAAGACUGAAAAUUUUGCUGCUGAUCUUGCCCACUUGGGUCCUAAUCCACAUUCAGCACUCCUGUUGGCAAGCGACCCAUUGUUUAACCCAAGGAAUUUGGCACAUCACCCCCAUGCCCAUCCUGCCUUUGUACACCCUUUUCCACAUCCUCAGCUUCAAGCACAGAUGCAUGUGCAUCCCAGCUCCAGCACUGCUGCUGCACUCCAUCAUGGAACUCCAGCCACUCCUCAGCCACCAGUAGGAGCACGGAUUUCUGCAGAUCCAGAGAGAAUUCCUCCAGGUGCAGCACCAGGAAGUGGUUCAGGACCUGCUAUUGGAUCAGGGAGUGCACCUGGGAAUCCCAGCACAGGAGCAGCUUCCAGCUCCACUGGGGAACCCCUGGGAAGACUGCAAAUGGUGAAUGUUACUCCCCAUCAUCACCAACACUCCCAUAUUCACUCACAUCUGCAUCUGCAUCAGCAAGAUACUGCUCUACAUGCAGCCUCAGCAGGAGUUCAUCCCCUGAUAGACCCCAUCACAUCAGGUUCACAUUUGGCUCGGCUGCCCUACCCAGCAGGAGGAAUAGCAAACCCUUUGACUUCUCAUCCUCUUCAUGAGAGUGAGGUGCUGAGACACCAGUUGUUUGGUGCAACGUUUCGAGAUCUUCCGCCACCUUCCCUGCCUCCCCAGAUGUCUGCAGCUCAUCAGUUACAGGCCAUGCAGGCUCAGUCUGCUGAACUGCAAAGACUAGCACUUGAACAGCAGUGGCUCCACCACCACCACGCUCUUCCAUCUGCACAGGAGGACUAUUACAGCCAUUUAAAGAAAGAAAAUGAUAAAGCCCUAUAAAAUUGAAAAAAAAACCAUCCAAAAAAUAAUGCAAACAAGGAACUUAAAAGUAGGAAGAACAUGCCACACAUUGAAGGGUGGAAGCAAACACAGCGUGUAAAUGAAGCAGUGGGAAGGUAUUCUGCCAGAGUGAGAAAACAGCUGUUUUGAGCUCUUUAAAUUAACUUUAUAUAAAGCAGCUGGUUUAAAGGUCUAGCCUGCACUGUUAGGAAACAGUCUUUUUGUUUUAUUUAUGUAUUGUAUUUAUUAUUUUUAUUUUUAUUAAGCACUUAGUCGACUCUGAAGUACCCAUCUCAUGUGGAAAUCUUGCAUUGCUAAACCUGUGGACAGAAAGACGGGAAUGAUAAACACAACUACAAGUAUACAUUUCAAGUCCACCUGGCCGGGGCACAAAUAACUGUAACAGCUAUGCAGAAGUGUUUGUUGUUUAAAGUCAGGUGGAUACAAGAUAAGAGACAUAAGGAGAACAACCAAGUACAUGGUUUUGGGUAUUUCUGAGUUAAUCCUUUCACCUUGCAGUUAUCCUUUAAAGAAAAAUCCACCAAAAAAAAAUCAGUGGGAUGAUUUUUUAAGUUACUGAUCAGGUAUUUAAAUAACAGUAAUUAAGGGAUUUUUUCUUCACAGUUGGUAACACACUCAAGACACAUAUGGCUCUGUACAGUUCUGGUAAAACCAAAUAUAAACAUUAUUUUUACUUUGCAUUUAGCUGUUUGAUAUAAAAGUGUCUUUGCAUAAAAUCUGUACUGCUUUUGGAAAAAAAAAUUCUGGUAUCUUGGUAAUUCCAGAUUUCAUUUUUGCAUUUUUAUUGCUGUUAAUUUAUUUGGAUUCUAGACAAAGAGAAUAUCUUAUCUCGUCUUUGACUGGAUUUUUCUUUUGUAGUAAAACAUAAAAUUAGGUGUAAAUCGGUUUGUUUCAGUUAUAAAGUGUUGUGUUAGCAUAAAAAUGUUUCGCUUUAAUUAUACCACACAAAUAAAUGCUGUUUUUAUGGAAUUUAUAAAAAUGGA